GUUGCGAGCCAAAGUCAAGUCUGCCGGUUAUGGAAAAAUGUGGGCAGAAAAUGCUCCCCGUCCUUCACCCGGAGCUAUGGCACUUGAUCUUUGAAAUCAUAUGUGGGGACUGUUGGUGCAUGGAAGAUGACGAAAACAUAGAAGAGGACAGAGAACAGUUGUCGGGAUCCGUCCAUAUUCUUUCUUUGAUGCUUGUGUGCAAAGAAUGGAAGGGGACAUUGCAACCCCAUUGUUCUAUCGAAACCUCUGCUUCAAAACAGACCAUGGUUUGAAUCUAUUCGCCCAACACAUGAAGAAUAGCCACGACCAAUCUCCAGGUCCUGGGCAGUUCGUUCGAACCUUCAAUCUUCACGAGCAAAUCUCUGUUUCCCAUUAUACCCAACUCCCGCUUCUGUCACUGCUGGAGCACUUGCAUGUGUUCAAAGCAUCAAAUCUAUUCUCCGACCAGGCCGUCGUCGUUGUGACAAAAUGUUCCACCUCUCUGCAGGAACUGCACAUAAGUUUGGCCUCGUCAGAGCGUUUCAAGCCCAUCUUGAUUGCGC